ACACGACUGUCAAAAAGCAUCACAAGUUUGAUCAACCACAUUCAAAGAAGUGCGUCGUGCUCAGGAAAAAUCACGAAAAUUUCCAUUUUUCAGCCGUGAAUUUCGUACAAAUUGUGCUUCAAAACUGUGCACCAGGUGCCUCUGUAGUGAUUAAGCGUGAAAGAUUGUGAAAAUUUGCCCAAACUGAGGUGGGUCAGGGGGGAAAGAAGUAAGCUUGUGGAACAUUCGAUUGUUUGGUGUGUGUGCGCGCGUGUGUCCGUGCGUGUGUUUGCGGCAUUUUGAUUUCCAGCAGGAGCAGAAAGACAACAGGCAGGGAAGUUCCGCAGCAGCGUCAUCAUGGACGAUAUCGACGACUUUUUCGACUUUAGCAAGCCCUUCAACCGGGUGGUCAUUUCCGGCGGCUACUGCAAUGCGACCGUCGUCGAGGACAAAACUAUCUUCAACAAGAUGCCCGAGCGGGAGAAAAUGGGCAAAGAGUACGCGGAGAAGUUCAUCAAGACCGAGGAGAACCAGCUGAUUGAGGCCUUCAUGGACGAGGCAGCCGGCCCGUCGACGUCGCGCACCUCAAACCUGGAGGACGUCGACGACGAGGGCGCGUCGUUGGCCGAGGAGGACGAGGAACACACCAAGGCGCUCAAGGCCAAGGAGAUGAUGGCACCGCUCUUCCAGCGGUACAACUUCACCAUGAAGAAGAACGAUCUGCCGAUCAACUGGAACAAGCCGGAAAUCCUCGACAAGAUCCGCUCGAACGCGGUCGUCGUGCUGCAGGGUGCGACCGGUUGCGGCAAGACCACCCAGGUGCCGCAGUACCUGCUCGAGGAGGCGUUCGAGCGUAAGGAGUACUGCAACAUCAUCGUGACGCAGCCGCGUAAAAUUGCGGCCAUUUCGAUCGCGAGACGCGUCGCGCAGGAACGCAAGUGCGACCUGGGUACGCUGGUUGGGUACAAGGUGGGCCUGAAGGAACAGCACAACGAGGACACCCGGCUGCUGUACGUGACGACGGGGGUGUUGCUGCAGUCGCUGAUCAACAGCAAGACGAUGGCCACGUACACGCACGUCAUCCUGGACGAGGUGCACGAACGGGAGGUGGACAUGGACUUUCUGUUGAUUGUGGUGCGGCGGUUGCUGUCGACGAAUUCGAAGAAAACCAAGGUGAUCCUCAUGUCGGCCACGAUCGACGCGAAGGGUUUCUCGGAGUACUUUAAGAUUCCGAAGAAGUCGGGUUAUUUGAGUGCGCCCGUUAUCUCGGUCGAGCGUCCGCGGCUGCACGUGGUGCAGGAGUUUUACUUUGACGAUCUGGAGAAGUUGAAGGUCGACUUCCAGAUCGAUUACGAGGCGCCGGGCAUUAGCGAGCAGAUGUACAACAUCGCGGCGAAGCUGGUGGUGGUUUGCGAUCACCUCAAGGGGCAGGAGUUUGGCGACUCGCUGGAGUACAAACCGUCGAUCAUCAUCUUUCUGCCGGGGAUCAACGAGAUCGAGAAGAUGGAGGGCGCGCUGGAGAAGCUGAUCGCGUCGAUUCAGAACGCCGCGCAGCGGCCAAAUUUGCUGAUUAUGAAGCUGCAUUCGACGCUGCCGGCGGAUGAUCAGACGGCCGUGUUCCGCAAGCCCGGUCCGAACCAGCGCAAGGUUAUCCUGUCGACGAACAUUGCGGAGAGUUCGAUUACGGUGCCGGACAUUAAGUUUGUGAUUGAUUUCUGCCUGCAGCGCAUCUUGGUCACGGACACGUUGACCAACUUUUCCACGCUCCGUACCGAGUGGGCCUCGAAGAGUAACUGUAUUCAGCGGGCGGGUCGUGCCGGUCGGUUGAUGAGUGGUCGCGUGUACCGGCUGGUGGAUCGGCGCUUCUUCGAGAACAACAUGGACGUUUCGACGUCGCCGGAGAUUCUGCGCUGUCCGCUGGAGACGGUGGUGUUGAAGGCGAAGCUGCUGGAGAUGGGCACGCCGCCGUCCAUUUUGGCGCUGGCCAUGGCACCGCCGAACUUGGACGACAUCCGGAACACGAUUCUGCUGCUGAAGGAGGUCGGUGCGAUGUUGCGCACGGUGAAGGGGAACUACGACCAACUGGACGGGGACUUGACGUAUUUGGGACGGAUCAUGUCGAAGCUGCCGCUGGAUAUUCGCAUCUCGAAGCUGAUUAUGUUGGGGUACAUCUUCAGCGUGAUGGAGGAAGCGGUCACGAUCGGAGCGGGCAUGAAUGUGAAGAACAUAUUUUUGAAUCAAAACUCGGUCAAGACGUACUCGCAGAAGAUGUACUGGGCGGACGGAUCUGGCAGUGAUGCGAUUGCGAUUUUGAAUGCUUACACGGCGUGGAAGAGUCGUCAGGAACAGGCGGGAGAUACCGCGGACAUGUACAACUGGGCGCGGCGAAUGUCGCUGGACCGGAAGAGUCUGAUCGACAUGGCUGAGCUGAUCCACGAGGUGAAAGAUCGGUUGAACCGUUCGGGGUUGAAGCCGGUGUCGGGACCGAAUCGUGUGGUGUGGAAUGCCCGUGAGAAGACGGUCAUUUUGAAGGUGAUCUUGGCUGGAGCGUUCUACCCGAACUACUUCAUUCCGAUGUCGGUGGGUGGGAAGGAGUUGAUGGAGCGGCAGUCCUUUACGGAGUUGGGCGGACGAGACCCGUGCAACACGGUUUUCUUCACCGGAUUUGACCACGAGCGUUACAUUGGUCCGCUGUACACGGUGCAGAUCAAGAAGAUACUGAGCGAAGGUGACUACUCGAAGCAUCAGGCCAUGAAGGUGAUGUACGACCGGACCACGAACCGAAUCUUUGUCACGUUCCUGGGCACGACGGACGAGCGCGACCAGCGGGGAUCGUUUAUGCCGGGGAAGGUCCACGCGGACGUUUAUCGAGCGAUAAAGUUGCGCAAACUGGGCGCACGGAACCGGAUUACGGAGAUUCGUACGAUGCGUCAGCGGGACGCGAUUGAUUAUGCUACGAGUGCGGGGCUUGGCCACUGGGAGGACGCCAACGGUUGGGUACCGCGUCGUAAGAUCGUUAGGAACGCACAUCUGUCGGUGUUGCCGCCGAUUUUCCGCGAGAAGGUCGUCUGCCAGGUGACGCACGUUGUCCACCCGAACAAGUUCUUCCUGCGGCCGGAGGACAAUCGCAACAAGGACAUCUUCCGGGAGAUUCACACUCAGCUGAACGCUCGCCAGUUGCACCCGUUCCCGGCGGACGCCAACUUCGCCAUGGGGCAGAUGGUGGCCGCUCCGGUGCAGGAGAACCAGGAAACGUACGCCCGAGCCGUGCUGAGGAGCUAUCGCAACGUGCGCACCACGGGCAGCGUGUCGUGGACGGUGUUCUUCAUCGAUUACGGCCACACUGCCGCCAUGGAAGAGACCGCCUUCCGCCAGCUGGACGAUUCGUUGGGACAGCUCAAGGACAUCCCACCGCGGGCAUUCGAAGCCACGCUGACGGAAAUUCAACCAUCCGCCAUCAUCUCGCCACAGGGCUCGUGGACAACCGAGUCGAUCCAUCGCUUCAAGGAGCUGGUCCUCGGAAAGAUUUUCGUCGCGAAGGUCUACUCGGUCGUUGGCGUCGUGGCCAGCGUUGAACUGUCGCGAGACGAAAUUCGAAUGAACUCCGAACUAAUUCGGCUCAAGUACGCACAGUACGCCGAAGAGAGCUACAUUUCCAAGCUGGACCACGAUCACCGCGAGCGCAAGCAGCGUGAAAUCAUGAUGGACGAGAAUCUACGCAACGAAGUGUACCGCUCAGCCGAGUUGACCCAAAACACGUACGAAGACGACGAACUGGAGGACGUGAACCCACCGGAGGACAAACUACGCUGCAAGGUCGUCCUGUCGGGUCCGCACAGCCCGCUCGAAACGAGCGCAUCCGCAACAAUUCGGUCCAGCGUGAUGAAGCCGGUUUCGAUAGAAAGUGACUCGGUCAACUCGAUCCUGCUCGACUCGAACCCGCAGGACACCCACGAGAAGCUGCUAGUCGCCGGCGGAGUCAACGAGCAGGGCAACCGACUGGUGCUGCGUCAGACCUCGGUCAUGCCCAACAUUCCCGGCUUCGGCGCCAUCAUGUCGCUGAUCUUCUGCCCGACUGCGCAGCUCAAAAAGGACAAGGACGAAACACGCGUCGUCACGGUCCUCUCCGGGCUGGGCUACGACCCGAGCACCGGCGAGGCCCUCUACCCCGAGCACGACAUGGCCCUGACGCUGGACGUGGUCCUCAACGACGACGAUAUCACGAAUAUCAACGCCCUGCGCUACACCAUGGACAGUAUUCUGCACACGGGCGAGGGCCAAACCGACCCCAAGUUCGGCGACGCUUCCAUCCAGAAGCUCAAGCUCCAAGUGAAGCAGUACAUUAUUAAAAUCCUCGAGCACGAGCGGCGCUUCCUGGACCUGCGCCACGCCCCCAACGACUACAACUGGCGGUGCGAUCUGAACCUCACCGCGGGCUCGUCCUCGUCGAAAAAGAUGAAGGGCGACUUUAACAUCUACGACAAGAAGGCCAUCUUCCCGCUGCUGGAGCCGCUGAACCUGCUGCCGGUCAGCGCCAGCCAGCUCACCUUCCUCAAGAAGCACUGCCACGAGCUGCACAAGCUGGCCCACACGGACGUCCAGCUGCCCCGGCACGGCAUCACCUGCCAGCUGUGCAACAACGUGCUCGAGACGCUGCCCCAGCUGCGCAUCCAUCUGUACUCUAAGCUGCACCGGGAUCGCGAAUCGCAGAUCAAGUACCGGUCGCCGCAAAUGUACUAAAAUUUCCUUCUUUUUUUUAUCUUCGUUUCGUUUCAUUUUUUAUUUUUUUCAUUCCUUUUUGGACGCGGUUGUUCCGAGAAAGUGCGCGAGCGCCAGUCGUGGGGCAGUUUUGUUUGUUUUCCUAUCAUUUUCAACGUUUCAUUUUCUCUAGUAGCUGUUUCAUCAAAUGGCAGCGCAAACGGUUUAGCUUUCCAGAGCGAAUAUGGUACAUAAAUAAAAGUACACGAUUAUCAAGCCAAAUAAAGUGCUUUUGAUGAGA